AUGUUAAAAACGGGCCUCAAGGGAUUCAAGCAAACUUUCAGACCAUUUGUGGGAACCAGAUCUUUCUCGGGAACCAGGAAAUUGGCCACCAAUGGCAAACUAUUGGCGCUGUCUGGAGCCACUGUUGCUGGUAUUGGGUCGUAUUUCUCUUUCUCUCAGAUCUUGAACGAUGCAACGCCGGCAGAGAACCCAGAAAGUCUGAUCAGCGUGGACUCGUCUGUGCAUUCUUUCCCGAUCUUGACCUCGGACUGUUUGCUGCAGACCCCGUUCCAGCUCCUUGGCUACGGAGUUCGAACCGUCACGUUUCUCAAUAUGAAGGUUUACGCUCUUGGUUUAUAUGUGGCAAGAGAAGACCUACCAUUGCUCACGAAAACGCUCACCUCUCAGGUCAGCAAAGAUCCCUCGCAGGUGGCGUUUUCGCUUAGAGACCCUACACUGUCCCCACAAGUGGUGGACUUGCUACUUUCCGCUGGUGUUCGGUUUUCUGCCAAGAUUGUUCCUGUGCGCAAUACCGACUUCAACCACCUGCGUGACGGACUGAUCAAAUCCAUCAAGUCGAACCCGAAAUAUAAAGAAUUAACCAAAGCGGAUGACGGAUCGGACGAAAAACUGAUCAACGGUUUAGAUCAGCUGCGGAAAGCGUUCGGAUCGCGCAAAAUGACUGCAUUCAAGAAUUCCACCCUAAUGCUCCAGCUCCUCGGAGACGGGAAAUUGGUUGUCACAUUCCAGCAAUACACGACCCGGGACCAAAUGGCCGAUCCUAUCAGUUUAGGGGUUGUUGAAGAACCGCUUGUUGGACGGUUAUUAUUUUUAAGUUAUCUAUCUGGCCAAAAGCCGUUGAGUGAGGCUGCACGUUCCAAAGCGGUCGAAGGGUUCAGCUCACUUUUGUAA